AUGGAGGAAGCUAGUUUGUGCCUUGGAGUUUCUUCAGCUGUCCCAGAGGCUGAGGCCCAUCUUAACAGCACGAUCCUUAAUGGUCAGUAUUCAAUGAGCCAGAAGCUGCACCAGAUAACAUCUCAGCUCAGCCAUGCUUUCCCAGAGCUCCAGACAAGGCCUAACUCUGAAGAGAAGGCCUCCACACCCCUAGAGGAGAAGAGCCACGUGUCCAUGGGAGGCCAGCCAAUUGGCAGCCAGAUGGCCCUUUUGGCCAAUCAGCUCAACCGCGAUGUGGACACCAGCCUGAACGGAAGGGUGGACCUGCAGCAGUUCCUGAAUGGCCAGAACCUCGGCAUCAUGUCCCAGAUGAGUGACAUUGAGGACGAUGCGAGGAAGAAUCGGAAAUACCCCUGCCCCCUGUGUGGGAAGCGAUUCCGGUUCAAUAGCAUCCUUUCCCUCCACAUGCGCACACACACCGGCGAGAAGCCCUUCAAGUGUCCCUACUGCGACCACCGGGCAGCCCAAAAGGGGAACCUGAAGAUACACCUGAGGACCCAUAAGCUUGGAAACCUGGGCAAAGGCCGUGGGAGAGUCCGGGAGGAGAAUCGACUGCUUCACGAACUUGAGGAAAGAGCUAUCCUGAGGGACAAACAGAUGAAGAGCAGUCUCCUCCAGCCUCGACCCGACGUGAAGCCUCUGCCGCACUCCCAGCAGCCCCCUCUGGCCAAUUGUAACCUGGCUUUGCCCGUGAACCACAGCGUCCCUGACAUCUCCAAUCCGGUGCCCUCGCCAAAGCCAGCCAACGUCCAAGAAGACAUGGUGGUUCCCACAGCGGGUUUCCGUUGCACGUUUUGUAAGGGGAAGUUCAAGAAACGUGAGGAAUUGGACCGUCACAUCCGGAUCCUUCACAAGCCCUACAAGUGCACCCUGUGUGACUUUGCAGCCUCCCAAGAGGAGGAACUGAUCAGCCACGUGGAGAAGGCUCAUAUCACUGCCGAAUCGGCCCAAGGACAGGGCUCCAAUGGAAGUGGAGAACAGUCGGCCAAUGAAUUCCGUUGCGAAGUGUGUGGCCAGGUGUUCAGUCAGGCAUGGUUUCUCAAGGGCCACAUGAGAAAGCACAAGGAUUCUUUCGAGCACUGCUGUCAGAUCUGUGGGAGGCGCUUCAAGGAACCCUGGUUCCUUAAGAACCACAUGAAGGUUCACCUCAACAAGCUUUCUGUCAAGAACAAGUCUCCUAAUGACCCUGAGGUCCCUGUUCCCAUGGGAGGCAUGUCCCAGGAGGCCCAUGCCAACCUGUACUCUCGAUACCUCUCCUGUUUGCAGAGUGGCUUCAUGCCCCCAGACAAGUCUAGCCUGAGUGAACCUAAUCAACUCUACAGCAAGGGAGAUUUGCCUAUGAAGGAGAAGGAGGUUCUGGGGAAGCUGCUGUCUCCCAUCUCGGGCAUGGGCCACAGCCUUGGCGAAGGGGACAAACAUUCCCUCUUGGGUUGCCUCAACCUGGUGCCGCCACUAAAGUCCAGCUGCAUAGAACGGUUGCAGGCAGCUGCCAAAGCAGCCGAGAUGGACCCUGUGAAUAGCUAUCAGGCCUGGCAGCUCAUGGCAAGAGGGAUGGCCAUGGAACAUGGCUUCUUGUCUAAAGAGCAGCAGAUACAGCGCAACCAUGAAGACACUUUGGCAAACGCCGGAGUUCUGUUUGAUAAGGAGAAACGGGAGUAUGUGUUAGUAGGAACAGAUGGCUCCAAGCAGAAAAUGCCUGCUGAUUUGGUUCACAGCACUAAAAUGGGCAAUCAAAGAGACCUGCCAAAUAAACUAGACCCUUUAGAAGGCAGUAGAGAUUUUUUGUCACAUGGUCUCAACCAGGGACUUGAUUACAACAUGCAAAGUCAUGGAAACAUGAAGGAGAAGCCCACUGAGUGCCCAGACUGUGGCCGAGUGUUCCGAACCUACCACCAAGUUGUCGUCCACUCCCGAGUCCACAAGCGGGACAGGAAAGCUGAAGAAGAGGUCCUCCAAGGGUGCCUGGAGGAGCGAAGGGGUUCUGGCAGUGACCAGGAAUCCCAGUCGGUGAGCCGGUCCACUACACCAGGCUCAUCCAAUAUUACAGAGGAGAGUGGGGUCGGUGGGGGCCUUUCUCAGACCGGAAGUGCUCAGGAAGACAGCCCACACCCUUCAUCACCGUCUUCCUCAGACAUUGGUGAAGAGGCUGGGAGAUCUGUCGGAGUCCAGCCACCAGCUCUACUGAGAGAUAGGAGCCUUGGUUCGGCAAUGAAGGACUGUCCUUAUUGUGGGAAAACUUUCCGAACAUCCCACCAUUUAAAGGUGCAUCUGAGAAUACAUACAGGUGAGAAACCCUACAAAUGCCCCCAUUGUGAUUAUGCUGGUACUCAGUCUGCAUCCUUAAAGUACCACUUAGAACGACACCAUCGGGAACGACAAAAUGGUGCCGGGCCACUCUCUGGGCAGCCUCCAAACCAGGAUCAUAAAGACGAGACAACAAGCAAAGCAUCUCUGUUUAUCAGGCCGGACAUUCUGAGGGGAGCUUUCAAGGGUCUCCCAGGAAUUGAUUUCAGAGGUGGAACUGUCUCUCAGCAGUGGACAUCAGGAAUGCUUUCAUCUGGGGACCAUUCAGGGCAGGCUGUAGGCAUAUCUUCUGAGACUUCUUCAGAGACUCUCAAGGGCUCUGACCUACCUUCCAAAGGUACACACUUUUCUGAAAUUGGACGGGCCUAUCAGAGCAUCGUAGGCAAUGGGGUCAACUUCCAAGGCUCUCUGCAAGCCUUCAUGGACAGUUUUGUCUUGAGCUCUUUGAAGAAGGAGAAGGAAGUGAAGGACAAGGCCCUAUCAGAUCCACUUUCCAUGAAAGUCCAUGGACCAGAUGGUGAGGAAAAAAAUAGUGGAAAAUCCUCCCAGAGGAAAUCAGAGAAAUCUCAGUAUGAACCCCUGGAUUUGUCCGUAAGGCCAGAUGCAGCUUCUCUCCCAGGUUCCUCCGUGACUGUUCAAGAUAACAUCGCAUGGCAUGGCUGCUUGUUUUGUUCCUUUACAACUUCAUCAAUGGAAUUGAUGGCCCUUCAUCUCCAGGCCAAUCACUUAGGCAAAACUAGACGCAAAGACAGUGCUUUGGUAGCUACAGGAAAUGGCAAGGACCAAGCGAGGGAUGUGAGCAAAAUUGGCUUGCUCCCUUCUACAGUACAAUCUAGCAAAGAGGUGGGAAUUUCCAAUGUGAUUAGCCACCUAGACUCGACUUCUGAGAAGAUGGCCCAAGGUCAUGGCAAAGAGACUUUGGGAGAACAAAAGAACUCUGCCUGGUCUGGACAUAUGGACCCACCAUUUUGCAACUUCACUUCAGACUUCUACAAACAAUUUGGUGUUUACCCAGGAGUCAUGGGUUCAGGAGCUUCCUGUGCUACCAGUGAGCCUGAUGGAAAAGUGCAGCUUGAAGAUGACUCAACGAUCCUACUCCCUGAGUCUGUGAACAAAAAUGCUACUGAUGACCUAUCAGAUAUCGCCUCAUCUGAAGACAUGGAAUCUUCCAAGGAGGAAAACAAUGAAGAGGAGGAUAUUGAGACAGAACCCGAAAUAAUGAGCAAACCACUAUCUGUCCUUAACAAGGAUAGCAGCAACGAUGGAGGAGACAGCCUCCCCAACACGGUUGCCUCCCAGCCAGCCCAAGGACUUGUCUCACCUUUGACCCAAACGUCCGAGAAGCAGUGGCAUGGCCCAAAUCUUCUUCCAUCCCACGACACCUCCACAGGGGUGAUGAAAGCAGAACAGAUCCCAGGGCCGCAGGUCCUAGAGAAGCAGAUGAACAUGUUGUCAGUCCUAAGAGCCUAUAGCUCUGAAGGCUUAGCAGCCUUUAAUGGACUUUCGAGUAGCACAGCAAGUAGUGGAUGUGUCAAGAGACCAGACUUGUGUGGUCACAGGCCUUUCCAGUGCAGAUAUUGUCCGUACAGUGCCUCUCAGAAGGGAAACCUGAAGACCCAUGUUCUUUGUGUCCAUCGCAUGCCUUUUGACAACAGCCAGUAUCCCGAUCGCAGGUUCAAGCGCUCCAGAGUUGACUCCGAGGCUUCUGGGAAUUUAGAGGAACCUGCAGCUGUCAGACCCGGGAGCUCAGCAGAGCUAACGGAGGUGGGCAGCAAGGCCCAGGAGUAA